GUGAUGCAUAACUUUUCGUCUGCCGUUAACCAAGUAAAAAUGACGGUUGAUCUGCGCAACUCGUUCAAGUAUAUUUGAUGAAAAUGAAAAAUGGAAAUAAUUUCGUCUGCAUUGAGGAAUCAAGUCAAAACGGCCCUAGUAUUCAAUAAUUUAUGUUCUUCGAAAUUUCGUCAUUAUGCAAGAUUAGCAGAGGUCGGUAAACUUGAACAGCCCAAACUUACUGGUAAAUAUGAAACUGGACAGUUAAUUCUUCACCGUGUCUUUGGUUAUCGAGGAGUGAUAUUAUUCCCAUGGUUGGCAAGGGUUUAUGACAGAGAUAUGCCUCAACAACAUGAAGGUGAGGAUAAUUCUACAACAGUUGGACGGGAAAUUCGAGGAAGAACCCACACUUUUUAUCAAGUUCUAAUUGACCAAAGGGAUUGCCCAUACAUAAGAGCCCAAACUGAAGCUGUUACAUUUUUGGGAAAUCAAGAAUCAUCUCGAAGCUUGUAUGCUAUUCCUGGCUUGGAUUAUGUAGCACAUGAAGAUAUAAUUCCAUACACUAGUGCUGAAAAAACUCCCCUGCAGCACGAACUGUUUGAUAAAUUUUUAGCAUCAAAUCCAAAUAAAGAUCCUCCCUUUCUUGCCCAAGAUACACUACGUGCUUGGCAAAACAAGAACCACCCCUGGCUUGAAUUGUCCGAUGUUCAUAAAGAAACUACAGAAAAUAUUAGAGUAACUGUGAUACCUUUUUACAUGGGUUGUAGAGAAUCCCACACAAAUUCUGUCUAUUGGUGGAGAUAUUGCAUAAGAUUAGAAAAUUUGGGACCCCUCUCUGUUCAAUUGCGUGAGCGACAUUGGCGAAUAUUCUCUCUUUCUGGAACAUUAGAAACUGUCAGGGGCCGAGGUGUUGUAGGACAAGAACCUGCAUUAACUAGAAUACUGCCAGCCUUUCAAUAUAGCAGCCACGUUAGUUUGCAAGCACCAAGUGGACACAUGUGGGGUACAUUCAGAAUGGAAAGAGAAGAUGGAUAUACUUUUGACUGUAGGAUCCCCCCCUUUUCAUUAGAAAGUAAGCCUGACGGAGGUCCAGCAACACCCCCUGAUAGUUUGUAACACUUAAAAGUUGCCUGUCGCGUAUAUUAUAAUGUAUAUUACAACCAACCAUUAGAUCAAAAAUAGUCGCAUACUUUUCUAAUAAAUUUACUUUAAUUUAUUAACA